UACAUUCCAAAGAUGGUUCAAAACGUGUACGUUUUUUUCAUAACUAAAAUUUGGAGUUGUUCACCAUCUUCCACAAACCCCUCUCUUUCUCAAUGCCUCUCCUCUUCUUCUCACGUCGUUUUCUCAUCUUCUCCACCGUCAUCCCCUUCCUAAUAUCCAUCGCUCUCUACCAACUCGACACCUUCGACCCAUCUCAUCUUCCCGCCGAUGCACUCCUCUACUCUACUACUUCCAUUCCUCCGCUUAUUAACAACCAACUUCUCACCGGCGCUGAGUUUAUCGGCGUCGGUCUUCUCAACAAGCCCGAGGAUAUCGCCUACGACAUAGACUCAGGUCUUAUCUAUACUGGCUGUGUAGAUGGAUGGGUGAAACGAGUUAAGGUUAUGGAGUCAGUUAAUGACUCUGUGGUAGAGGAUUGGGUCAAUACUGGCGGUAGACCACUUGGUCUAGCUUUUGGACUACAUGGAGAAGUCAUUGUAGCUGACGCAUACAAGGGGCUGUUGAAUAUAAGUGAUGACGGUAAGAAGACGGAGUUGUUGACGGAUGAAGCGGAAGGAGUGAGAUUUAAUCUCACCGAUGCAGUGGCCGUUGUAGAUAACGGCGUUUUGUAUUUCACGGAUGCUUCUUACAAGUACGAUUAUAGUCAAUCCAGCUUUGACUUUUUGGAAGGCAAACCGCAUGGUCGGCUCAUGAGCUUUGAUCCCACGACACGAACAACACGUGUUCUUUUAAAAGAUCUUUAUUUCGCUAAUGGUGUCUCUAUGUCUCCCGACCAAACACAUCUGGUCUUCUGCGAAACUCCCAUAAGAAGAUGUAGCAAGUAUUACAUAAAAGAGGAGCGUGUGGAGGUAUUUAUUCAAAGCUUACCCGGUUAUCCUGAUAACAUCCGGUACGAUGGAGAUGGACAUUACUGGAUUGCAAUGCCUACGGGAGUUACAACGUUGUUGAAGCUCUCAAUGAAGUAUCCAGUUUGGAGGAAAGUCACAGCCAUGGCGGCUAAGUGGGGCUUCAAUCUUAUGUUUGCGGAGGAUGCUGGCGUUCUACAGGUGGAUUUGGAAGGGAAGCCCAUUGCAUUAUACCAUGAUCGUAAAAUUACUCACUUAACUACUGGAAUCAAGAUUGGGGAAUAUCUAUAUUGUGGGAGUCUAUUGCAUUCACGCAUACUCCGACUACAUUUCCUGAAGUAUCCUGCACACAAGAGUCUUUGAAACAUCAAGUUUUUCAGUUCAAAACAAAAAAAAAAUCAACUUGUUAUACAUCAUUUUAGCUGAUAAGAGCAGCAGCAUCAAUGAACCCCACCAGGGGUUCAUGAUUUCAAUAUUUUAAUUUUUUUUUUUUUUUCGUUUUGACUUUUUCCUUAAAAAAAUAAAAAAAAAAAAUAGAAAAGGGACUAAUAGCGGGCCGCCACGUGGCGUGGGGCCCAUAAAAACAGGUAUGAAUCGGUUCAGCAGAGUGAUCCCUCACGAGCUGGAGUUCAUCAAGAUGUAUUAUUAUAAUAUUUUUUUUAUUUGGGGAAGUGUGUGAACCUUGGGAUGAACUCUUGAUGCUGAUGCUCUAACAAUGAAAUAAUGGUUGUGAAUACUUG